AUGUUCUUUUUCAACUGUUCUUCCAAGUCAUCUACUUAUGAAAAAGAAGUUACUCUGCCUAGUAGCCAGGAAUUUCGAGAUAGAAUAGCGGGAAAUGUGCCGGGAUUUAAUAAAGUAGUUGAGCAAUUAAUGAUUGGUAUGCUUGGAGAUCCAGGAUUAGGUAAAUCUUAUAUCUCUGAAGCAAUUGGUAAAGCACUGGGAGAUGGCAAAAGGCUUAGUUAUCACCGAGUUUUAAUGACUGGUAAAAAAGAUGGUUCGGUAAUUGAAGGUGGUAGUAUGGAAAAUCCUGGGGGAGACCCUGGGGAAAUAAUUAAAGGAAUUAGUCGUUGUCAAAAUCAAUCAAUGGUCUUUCUUUUUGAUGAAAUUGAAAAAGACCGUAGAGAUGCUAAACUAGCAAUUGGUGAACCAACCGACCGAACUAAUAAUAAGAAAUUUAAAGAUGUUUAUUUUGAUUUUCCCACUCCAAUUAACAAUGCUAUCUUCUUCUGUGCUUUGAACUAUGCUGAAGAAUUAGACCCUUUUAUUAGAGACCGAUUUAAAAUGAUUGAGGUAAAGCCUCCUACUUAUCAGCAAAGAUUAGAAAUUUUAAGGGCUUUAUUACAAUCCAAAAUUAAAA